UCCUCCUCCUCCCCUCCCUUCCUCCGCCUCCUCCCCCUUCCCUUCCCUUUCCCUCCCGGGCUCAGUCCCGCGCUACGCCUCCUUAGAGUAGACCCGUCCAAAUGCACGGGCCCUGAGUUGGGCUGCCGUCGGAUGCAACCCGAAAGCGGCUUCUGCCUGGCAGCGGCAGCGGCAGCGCGCUGCUCCGCCCCUGCGAGCCUGGCAGCGGAUUUGUUUAUUUACUCUUUCCUCUUCCCUCUCGCCCUUUUGAUACCGCCCAAACAGCCGACGCUGCGUGGGCGGUUCACAGCCUGCUUUCUGCCCGCGCCGCACUUUGCUCGGAGCGCUGCUGCCUUCGGUCGCGGGUUGCACGUCGGAAGCGCUGCGUGGCUGCUUGCUCGAAAGGAGUGCUCCCUGGGCUGGCUUCAAAUGGAUCCUGACAUGACCGAUGUCACCGCAGCCUUGGGAGGCGCCUCGACAUGGCUCUUGGCAGUGCUGGGGACUCUUACAGUGACUCUUCUUGGGGCAGCACACAAACUGGGGCUCAUCCAGCAGCUCUGGUAUCAGGUGGACCCUAAGAGCACUCGACAUGGUGGGGAGAUUGUGGCAGAAGUGCUGAAGGCUCAUGGUGUGCACUACCUGUUCACGCUGGUGGGUGGACACAUCUCGCCUAUUUUGGUGGCCAGUGAAAAGCUGGGCAUUCGUAUUGUGGACACGAGGCACGAGGCGACAGCUGUAUUUGCAGCAGAUGCGGUGGCCAGGCUUUCAGGGACAGUGGGAGUUGCUGCAGUGACAGCAGGACCUGGAGUGACAAACACUGUGACAGCUGUGAAAAAUGCCCAGAUGGCAGAAUCUCCUGUGUUGUUGAUUGGAGGGGCAGCAUCCAGACUGCUGAAGGGCCGAGGAGCUCUCCAGGAUAUUGACCAGCUGACCCUCUUCAAAUCACUCUGCAAAUUCUGUGCUUCAGUGAAGUCUGUCCGAGAUAUUGGUCCUGUGUUGCAAAAAGCCAUUGCCAUUGCCCAGUGCGACACUCCAGGCCCUGUAUUUGUGGAAUUUCCUUUGGAUAUUCUAUAUCCCUACCAUUUGGUAGAGAAAGAAAUGUCCAAGAAGAGUGCUUCUAAGAGCCUGACAGGAAAGGUUGUUAACUGGUAUCUGCACAGGUAUAUGGCGAACAUCUUUGCCGGGGCAUGGCAGGUGCGGAACUUUUCACCUCUGCCAGUGACCGUGCCGAAGGCCACAAAGGAACAGGUACAACGGUGUGUGGAGCUCAUCAGCCGGGCUAAGAAACCAGUCAUUCUUCUUGGCAGCCAAGUGACCCUGCCUCCAACACCAGUAAAGAAGCUCAGAGAGGCUAUAGAGGAACUCGGGAUCCCAUGCUUCCUGGGAGGCAUGGCCCGUGGCAUGCUGGGAAAGAACAGUCCAUUGCACAUCUGUCAGAACCGCCGUGAGGCACUCAGGGAGGCAGAUGUGGUCAUUCUUGCAGGCACAGUCUGUGAUUUUCGUCUGUCAUAUGGACAUGUCUUGAGUAAACGCAGCAAAAUUAUCGCUGUUAACAGGAACCGGGAACAACUGCUGAAAAAUGCACAUAUAUUCUGGACACCUCACAUAGCCGUAAAGGGAGAUGCCGGCUCCUUCCUGGUGCGCUUGAGCCAAGAGUUGAAGGGCUAUUCGUGUCCCCAGGACUGGAUAACGAGUCUGAAGGAGGCUGAUCACAAGAAAGAGAAAGCAAACAGAGAGAAGGCAGAAGUGCCGACAGAGCAGCACCUGAACCCGCUGAAGCUGCUGCACCAUGUGGACUGUUUGCUCCCAGAAGACAGUGUGCUGGUUGCAGAUGGAGGUGACUUUGUGGGGAGCGCUGCCUAUAUUGUGAAGCCCAGGGGGCCACUCGGCUGGCUGGAUCCAGGAGCCUUUGGAACCUUGGGGGUUGGUGGAGGUUUUGCCUUAGGAGCCAAGCUCUGCCGGCCGGACUCAGAGGUCUGGAUCCUGUAUGGAGACGGCUCUCUCGGGUUCAGCAUCAUGGAAUUUGACACCUUUGUGCGGCACAAGAUACCAGUCAUCGCCUUGGUGGGGAAUGAUGCCUGCUGGGGCCAGAUCUCCCGAGAUCAAGUGUCCUUGCUGGGUAGCAAUGUAGCUUGUGGCCUGGAGUAUCUCGAUUACCACGUGGUGGCAGAAGGUUUAGGAGGGAAAGGCUUCCUACUCAGCCGCCAGAAUGAGGAGCAAAUGGAUGACAUCCUCAGAACAGCGCAGUCUGAGUGCAGGCGUGGGCGACCCGUCCUCCUCAAUGCCCUGAUAGGGAAAACAGACUUCCGCGAUGGCUCCAUCUCUGUGUAGUGGGGUGCAGCCUGUGGGGCCCAGCUGGAGAGGAGAGCUUCUGCCUCGCGCCGAGGGAGCUGGCUCAAAUGAAUGUCUCCCGGGUACCUUUGUGUGGGCAGCCCUGGGGGUCAGAAUCGCUAGCCCCUGCCCUGGCUCCACGAGCCCUCUUGCAGCCCUUCUACCAAUGCCAGGUGCCCUCUACUUCUUAACUCGGAUGUCCUGCUGAAGUCUUCGUUUGUGCUCCGCCCCCACCAUUUGCACACAGGUAGUAACAGAGAGUUUAACCCGUUUCUUGGUGAAUCACUUUUACUGGUUUUAGUGGCAGCUUUCAUUUCAUUAUGUCUAACACCAUAACAUUCUCUGAUUGAUUAGCUCAUGCUUUACUUGCCAUAGCCAGGACCAAAGAACACCGCCUUCCUCUUCCCCACCCUGCCAAGUACACAUUUCCCCACUUCAGGUUUAAGAAUGGGGGCUGGGGGGCCGGGGGGGGGCCUUCAGGUGUUUUGGCCAACAAUUCCCAUCAGCACUCACCAUUGGCUAUACUGGCUACAACUGAUGGGAAUUGUGGGCAAAACAUCUGGAAGGCCACAAAUUGCUACACCCCUUUUCCAACACAGGUAGACAUGGCUCACUCCUAAAGCAGCCAUGUAAGUAGAUCUCUGCUGUUGGGUUUGCAACUGAAACUGGGAUUGAUUGAUUGAUUGCCCCACCUCUCUCCUCAGACUGGGUGCUCUAUUUUCUUCCUUGGGGGACUUAGAAGGGACUUUUAGCCCUCAGAAUAUCCUUUCCAUCCCCAUGUGUACAUGUAGCUAUCUGGUCAUGCAGCAGUAUUGGGUGCGAAUUUGGUGCUGGACAGGCUGAUAGCACAUCCUUUUGAACCCCACCUGUACAUUGCCUAGGUCCUCUGCCAGCCCUACAGAUACUUUCCUGCCCCAGCAACUGCUCAUAUUCUGACUGAGGAUAGUCUUGUGCCUAUAAGCAGCUUCUCCUUUUGUCUGCCCCCUAAGGCUAGCAUUCCCUGCCCUUCUGGUAAACAUUCUCAGGAAAGGGGGAUAGCAGGCGAACCAUGGGAGGGUGUUGAAAGAGUCAUUCUCGGACUACUCUUCUGCCUUUGCCUCUGCCCCUUCAGAAAUGACUGUGCAGCCUUCUGCAGUGCAAACAAUAAAGGGAUAGGACUCUU